AUGCCGCCGCUAAUGAUCGAUGAUAAAUUUGAUGCCCAAUCGGACGGCUCUGGUGGAUCCGUGGAGGCCCUGGCUGUGGACCUCUCAAUACAACGUUUAUCCACUGACAGCAUUAAUACUCUCAUCUGGAAGACAAGCACUCCCUCCAUCAUAGUCAACACGCUGGGUGCUCUUGGAGGCCUGGCAGAGUACACUCUACUAUUUUACUACUCCGGGUUCAGUGCGGUUGCACUUCAUUCCGUGUACCAACCGCUCGAACUCAUGCUAAACACGUAUGCGCCAUAUGCAUUUGCAACAGCGACAUCAACAUUUGUAUCACGAGCUCUUGCACAGGGACAUGCGAACGUGGCCAACAUAUAUCUUUCGCACUUCUUCUUUAUCAUCUUCAUCUGGGGAAUCCUUGUGCCAAUUUGUUUUGCAUCUCCAUACAAACACCUAAGCUCGUUCCUCUCUGUCUUCAAAAGAUCCGAAGAUGCAUUUGGCUACGUGUACUACUUGUGGAUGUUCAUCGGUGGACCGAUUUUAACGGCCUUUUCCGCAUCCAUUCAGCCAUUUUUGAGGGUGGAAAAUCGUAAUUGCAUCCAUACUAUGCGAGGAUUGCUUUCUGCACUUCUCCAGCUCUUUUUCACAUUCAUGUUGCUUUACAUUUCAUCUAUGUACAAUCCAGUGGGAACGCCGAGCACUUUAUACUAUCUAGCUAUUGCAUAUCUAGCAACCAAUCUUGUUAUAGCCAUCUGGAUGAUCGUAGUCUUCUUCCACAAGUCUUGCCUUAUGAUCCCCUUGAAGGGGUGUUUGCACUUUAGUCUCCGGCGCCUGUUUCCCAUCAACAUUAAAAUAAUAUGGAGGAUACUGCUCUUUGCAAUUCCGCAGUGGUUCUUCCUGGCUCAGAUGCAACUUGUUGUAAUAAUAAUGAAUCUUCUCUAUGGGUACUUCUAUUCAGACCAGGAGGUUCUAAUCUAUAAGCGCGUCGGAUAUUCUUUGUACACACGAUUCUAUGCUCUUGCCUCACUUCUUUCUAAUUCAUUAGUUCAGGGCUUUGCUCAGAUCAUUGGGUUCAACCUGGCUAUCAAGCGUUUUCGUAGGGCGAAACAGUCAAUAAUAUUGACACUAGUGUACAUGUGCGUUCUUCCAUCCGUCGUUUCCUUCACAUUGCUCUCUGUCUCUGAUCAUCUGACAGAGGGGAUUCAGCCACGCUACGCCACUGAACCAGACUGGUCCAAUGCCUUCCUUGAGGCCAUAAAACCAAUCACCAAGUGGGCCUUCAUUACACCGCCACUUAUGGGACCCUACCACAUCGUGAGCACGACCUCCCAACUGGAAGGCAAGGUCCUGCUGGCCAUAAUAAUGCAGCUGUCCCGCACCAUUCCAGCACUUCUUUCGUUGAUGGUCAUGGCACUUGUUAUAGGUGACCAGGCCGACUUCACUCUGGCCUACCCCAUUGGUGAUUUUUGUGGGGCAACGCUCGGAAUAGUGCUCUUAGUGCAGUACAUAAUCAAGUACUCGAUGCUGGCGAAGAUAGACAUCGAGCAAGAUAACAAUGAGGAUGAUGGGACAGAUGAGCAGGCUGAACAAGGGGAUGAUGGAUCGAACAGCGAGAGCAGCUACGAUCGCUCCAGCGAGUACACAGCCACUGUGCACGAGAUGUCGACAUCGGGAAGAUUCCUUGACAAGGACUCUACAAUCAACGCUUCAUUCACAGAUGGCGAGCAUGGAGGCGUCCGCCGCAAGGAGGAUAGCAGCUGGUACGACGAGUCGUCCCAUAACAGAGGCGGUGGUGAUCAAUAUCAAGAGUCAUCUGACAACUGGGGUGGACAGGCUCGUGUUGUCGGAAAGAGAUAA